ACACUUCAAACAAAUCUUUGCAGCCACGCUGCACUCAAAGUUUGUUUUCAAUUUAACUUUCAAUGCUUUCCUGAUCAAAUGAGCUGUUUGGGAAGUAAUUGAAGAAUCGUCAAGAACAUAAGACAGCAUUUAUUCAUUGGGGAUAAGUAUGUAAAACCAUCAAAACAGAAGUAAUGGCGACAGGGGGAGAAACCUCUUCUCCAGCCGAGGAUGAGAGGAUCAUCCCGAUGGACAUCGAUGAUGUACACAUGCUCUUGCAAGUGGAACAGGAGCAGAUUCAAAAGAGAACUUUUACAAACUGGAUCAAUGCACAGCUCUCCAAGAGGAGUCCUCAGACCUCCAUCCAGGAUCUGUUCACAGAUCUUCGUGAUGGGACUCAACUGUUGGACCUGCUGGAGGUGAUGACUGGCGAGCGAAUGAAACGGGAGAAAGGUCACGGUGUGUUUCAGCAGAGAGGAAACAUUGAGACUGCUUUGAACUUCUUAAGGAAUAAAUCAAUCAAACUGGUGAACAUAAAUAUCCCAGAUAUACUUGAGGGGAAACCAUCUAUUGUUCUGGGUCUGAUAUGGACUAUCAUCCUACACUGUCAUAUAGAGGAGCUGGCCAGCGCUCUUUCUUUCAGCUCCCGCUCAUCCUCUCUGGACUCUCUGUCCAGUCUGGAUUCGAUGCCUGGAUCUCCAGUUAGUAGUCCAGUUCCUCGAGGAGCAUCACCCCUCCACACGCGCUUCCGUCUCUCCGCUAAGAAGUCUUUGUUGCUUUGGGUCCGUGAUCAGUGCAAGAAAGUCAGUUGCAAAGCCAGUGCGAAGGACUUUAAGUCCAGCUGGAGGAGCGGUGAGCUGUUUCUGGCCAUCCUGUGUUCUCUUCGACCUGAUCUAGUAGAUCUUUCCCAAGCCCAGACCAGCAGUCACCUGGAAAACUUGGAGAAGGCUUUUCAUCUCGCUGAGAAAGAGCUGGGAAUACCUAGACUGCUCGAACCAGAGGACAUUGAUGUCAGUAACCCCGAUGAGAAGUCCAUAAUGACAUAUGUUGCUCAGUUCCUGCAAUACUCCAAUGAUGUGCCCUCAGAUGAUGAUGUCUUUGAGGCUUCAACCAGUCAGAAAGUCAGAGAGAUGACAAGUUGGCUGCAAAGAGCCUAUCAAGAGUUAACGGAGGCUUGGACCUCGGCAGAAGAGAAUGGAUAUGCAGAAAAGUAUCAGGCAUUCCAGAAAUUUAUCAGCACAUACUAUGAUCGACGAUCUCCAGUUAUCCCGAUGCUUGGUGCAAUGAAGCGCAGUGCUAAACCAACAGAGGACCAGCGAGCACUGAGAAAGGCCUGGGAUAGUAUGGAGGAGAGGCUUCAAGAUUACAAAAAAGAGCUUGACGUUUGUCUGCCAGCCCCUCUGAACAUGGUGGGCCAGUGGCUCCAGCUUAUGGAGACAGUGCUGACAGAAGAGACUGACACUAAAGAUCAUGCCAUCGCUGCCAGAGACGCCAGGAACAAACAAGAUCAAUUCGAGGUCUUAAUUGUGGAGUUAAAUGAACACUUGGACACUCUUUAUGAUUACCGUAACACAGAUGAUGAUGGUCUUCCUCGAGUGCCUGCCGAGAAGCUGGAGGAGAUCAAGAGACGUUUUACCAAUGUCAGAGUGACAGCCAAGUACCACAACAUCAGGUUGCAGUACAGCGAGCAGAUGCAUCAUGUUUAUGACCUGCUGGGACGUCUGAAGUCAAAGCUGACCUUGUGGAGAGGGCCUUACGGUUCUCAGGAGUCUGUUUGCGCUCUGCUACAGGACUGGCAUGACACCGUGGACAAGCAAGGCCUGGUGUCGAAGAUAAAGGAAGAACUUCAUAAGCUGAAAGACGCAGCAGUCAAUUACACAAACAAAGCAGCUUUAGCUGAAGACUCACCUGCGGUGAACAGGCAGGUAAAGGAAGUUGAGAAUGAAAUGACUGCAAAUGCAGAAGCCACAGAGGCGGUGAAGGCAAGCAUGGAGCGUGUGCUGACCGCGUGGGAGUCAUACAAAGACUCUCUGUCUCUGCUAAAGGUCUGGUUGGGACAGGAGGAACCAUUUGAAAAGCAGAAGUCAUCCAACCUGUCUGAUUGGAGUUCACGUCAAGCCCAGCUGAACGAGGCUGGCAACUUUCUCAUUGAGAUGUCUGAUGCCUCCACCAGUCGCUCUCUGUCUGAUGAGCUCAGCAGACUCAACAUGCAGUGGGCUGACUUCAUUAAAAGGACCAAAUUUGCAGUGCCACCUCAGCCCACCUGUGCAGUUCCGGGUGUACAAGCUGCUCAGGGCGUGAUGCACGAGGCAGGCUGGGUGCUUAGAGAGGCAGUGGAGGUGUCGUCUGGACCUCUACGAAUCUACAGGAAGAAUCUUCAGGGCAUCACCAAGAAGAUUUCAGACUUAGAUUUGCAAUCUUUAUCUCCAUCUCCAGAUUGCAACGAAAAAACUCUUCAAAAACUCAGACAAACUCUCCCAGAGAUGUUAGAGACUCUCAACCGUGUGGACCAAGAGUGUGAAGGACUUCAGAGAGCAGCGUCUCUGCUAGAAGGGAGGCUGGCUGAGCUUGAAAAUUGGAGCACCGAGGCCCAAGAGGUCUGCCUUCAUCUCAAAGAAUCACAGCAUAGGGGCCACCGGGGAACACAUCAAAGAGCUAAAGCGCUGUUCGCCAGAGGUUUACAGCUAGAAGAGCAGGUGGUGACAGAAGCUGAAAAACUGCUGGUUCUUGUAAAAUCAGUGCAGAAGUGCUGCCCCCUUCCUUACUUCAAUGCAUUGGUCCUACAGGACAGAGUGAAACUGGCUAUCUCUCUGUGUCAGGAGGUUACUGAGAUGCUCAGUGGUCAAGGACUGAAGCGUGAAGGACAGUCGGAUAUUGCCCAGCCGCCUCCCAAAGUAACUGUGCGUGCCUAUACUGAGCCUGAGCUCCAGUCUGGAACCUUUAAACAACAUCAGGCUCAAAUGUUCUCCAAAAGCACCAGAUCUUCUCUAGAAAUCCCAGCAGAGCCUCAAAACCAAAAAUGUCAUUCCUCUCAGCUGGACACACAACUACAGGCCACCGGUGUCAUCCAGCCCCAAGUUCCCCCUCUUACCAACCCUCAGUUACAAGAAAAAAGCCCCAAAGAUCCCACAAAAGCUAUAUGUCAGGUACAGGAUACAGAGCUUAAACUGCCUUUAGUGUCAUCAGUUGUUGGCAGGACAACUAGCAUGAAAGCCCAGACUGAAAUCCAGGUUGUGUCUGUAGACCCGAGUCAAACCAGUGCCACUGAACUUCUCCAGUCUCCUGCCUCACCUUCAUUCAGCCCAAGUACUCCACCAAAAUCGAAACCUCAAACCUCUCUAGCCAGCCCACACCAAAGGCAGAGGGUUCUGUCCAAAAGUCACAGCUUUCCACUGCCCCAUGAACCAUCACAAACAGAGUCUUCAUCCUCACCUACCUCCAGCCCAAACACUUUGCACACAUGCGUUACAGUUACUCUACCUAAAUUUCCAAUUGAACAACACUCCCCUGAAAAAUCACAAACUUAUACCUCGAUGACCGCCCCACACCAAAGGCACAAGGUACUGGCUAAACGUCUAAGCUUUCCACAGACUCAUGAGCCAUCACAAAUGCAAACACAAAAACAAAGUAUCCCACCCACUCAGAAACAAAACCUUUCGCCUGACAGUCAGCCACCACAGUCAGGUCGUUCAAAACUUCAUGGAGGUCAAAGCAAGACUCCAGUUGUUCCUCAUGUUCCAGUGCAGAAUGAAGUGUAUGCCAGAGCUCAGGCUUUGGCCAGUAGCAGACUGGAAAAAGCCAAACACCGCCUGCAGGAACACUUACAGGAAGUCAUCGCUGUGUUCAGUAACAGAGACCUAUCUAAAAAACUACUCAAGAAGAACCAGGCAGCAUCAUUGCUGCUCCGGCCGGCUGUGUUGGAUGAGUUCCUUGAGGCUGUGAAUGGAAUGAAUGCUUUCUGCUCUGAUGCCCAGCUCAGAGAUAUGGAGCUCCUCUCUGAGACCGUCAUGGCCCAGUGGGAGGCGGUCCUUGCAGCAAUAACAGCCUUUUCGCCUGAUUUGGGGUGUAACCAGCCUGUUUUGAAAUGUCAGAUUAAAACUAACAGCUCCACGUCUCUUGCACAGUGUGAACGCAACCAACAGGUCUGUUCCACGGCUGCUGACUCUUCAGGGCAUCUAGAUGCCUUGAGAAGCAUAAAUGAGAGUGUGCAACCCCCAGAGACGUUACAUCUCACCACCACACAUCUGAGGAUGAGCACUGAAAGGAUUGAGACAAUACCACACCGCACAAGUGACCUGGCACCAUGCCAUGACAGGAAAGAAGAUUCUUCAGUGCUAGAUGACCAAUCUCAAAACCUUAUCCCCUCACAGGGCAUUGUCCAGAUAAACACAUUGGAAAUAAAGCAGAUACCUGAGAAGACCAUCAUCCACCCCACCUCAGCACAGGAUGUUAAGGUUUCUCCAGGAUCUAAAGCUCUGAGCAGCUACACUGCGGCAAAGUCAGCGUUUCAGCAGCGGUUGCUGAAGAACGAUGAGCAGAUCGGAUCAGAGUUUCCCAUGAGCCCCAGCAUCUCUGCAGACUCCCUAAAAAGUUAUCUGCAAGACUUACUGGCUCUGAAGAAGCAGACAGAGGCUUUGUGGUUCGAGUUUGAGCUUCAGUGUUCUCAACUAAUGGAGGGUGGCGGUGAUAUAGAGCAGGAGAAAUCUCAGCUCAUUCAACAGUGGAGGGGACAGCAGAUCUUCAUUCAGGACAGAGUGAAGUCCCUUGAAGGUGACAUAGAGCUGCUGGAGUCAGUGGACAUUCAGAUCGGGCUGAUCUCUGAUCAGUUGAAUCAAAUAAUUCAGAAACCUGUUAACAUUACAAACUUCACUGUUGAUCAAAGCAAAACUCUACACAAAGACCUAAAGCGUCUAUAUGACAGUAUUGAGAGAGAGCUCAAUCGCCUUCCUAAGGAUAAAGGUUCAAUGAGGGACCCUGAGGAUCUGAGUCACAUCAAGCUCCAAGCCCAUCUCCCCCUGCAGCAAGCCUUCAACAGCCGCACUAACUGCUUAGAGCAACAAAAGCAGCGUUUAACAAAGACUAAGUCGACCCUGGUUGCCCUCGAGAACCUCCUAUCCCAUCUACAGCAGGUGAAUGAAGACCUCAUAGCAGCUUCAGCCUCCAAUCUGGCGUCCAUCCGGCAAAGCCUUUUACAAGUCAGCGAGGAAUCGGUUCAGCUAGACCGAAUACUGGAAGAAGCUGGCAUGAGAAUAGCUUUGGAUGAUAAACCGAGCAGCUGUCAUGAGAUGAUGUCAGCUGUGGCUCUGCGUGCAAAAGAGGUUGAGGUCGAACCAGCUGUAGGGUGGAGGCGAUCACAAAAAGGUUUGAAAGGCAGAGAGCAGGGGGAGCAGAGAGAAAAAUCGUUCUGUAGUAAGAGGUUGGCCCUGCAGGUGACGCUGAGGGACGUGCAGGCGGCUCUGGAAAGACACGGGCUGAGGGAGCCAACACUUCCUGCUCUACAACAUAGGUUGCGCUUCCUGACUGAAACCGAGGGUAAACUGGUUGCGCUACGCUCCGAGAUUCAGGAUCUGAAGGAUACAUCUGCACAUACAGGCAGCUCAGACACAGGACUUAGUGAACUGCAGAUGCAUUGGGAAAAUGCCCAUAAAUCUGUCACUGAGAGUCGUGAGCAGUGCAUCUCAUUGACCGACCUCCUGAAGAAGUUUCAAAGCUGUCGUAAUAGUUUGGGCAGCACUUUGCAGAAAGCCGAGCAAACUGUCGGUGAUCAGGCUUCUUACAUGAGCAAAGACAACCUACAGCUCUUAAUCAAUAAGGUCAACAUUAUAAAGUCAGAGCUGAGUGGUCUUGGAGAUGGUGUGGAGGAGUUCAGAGCUGUCUGCAAACAGCUGCAGUCUCAGAUGAUAAUGAUCUGUGACUGUACUGACACCCCAUUUGAGACCGAAGCUGAGACACUAAUGGAUCGCUGGCUUGAUGUCAAUGAGAAGACAGACAACCACCUGGACAACCUUCGGGCUGGGUUUUCUCUUUGGGAAAAACUCAACCUAUUGGCUGGAGAAGUAGAGAACUGGACUGCCCAAAAGCUGAUGUCACUUUCUCAGACACAGCCCUUUCAGACUGAUCAAGAUGUGUCUGCCAUGGAGGAUGAGUUGAGGGCUCAGGAAGGCAACAUUGAACAUUUUCAUCGCAGAUCAUCAGAGAUCCAGGAUCUGCUGCAUAGUCCAGAGUUUCCAUUGGAGCUGCAGGUGACUGAGAGUCAGAUGAGGAAGAAGAUGGCAGAGGUGAAGGAGAUCUUUUCAGAGACCAGCGAUGUCUUCUCACAGCUGGUAGCUGCUAAAGCGCAAGUGGCAUCUGAAAUAGCAAAACACCUGUCCGCCAUCCAGACCAUCACAAAUGUUUUGAGCACACCAACUCAAUAUGAAGACCCACAGGUUCUAAACACAAUCCAGGGCUUAUCAGAGCAGCUGCAAGUGGAAGCAGAGCAAUCAGAUGCUGUGCUGCAACAGAUUGGACUUCUGGCCAGCAUUGCAGGUCCAGAAAACUUGCAGGCACUGGUUAAAGAUGGGACUCAACUCCAAGAAAGCAUCUGCAGAACCAGAGAUCUGAUCAUGGAGAAAACAGAGUGGGCGAUGAAUCCCAACAGGCCCAAAGAUCUUCACAUGGCCCGAGAACAAAUCAAGCCUCAGUCUGAAACAACACAAGACCAUCCACCAGAAGAUACUCAGCCUGGGGAUGCUCAGGGUCCACAAUCUCAGUCUCACAUCAAAAUAGUGGAACAGUCACACAAACAGCAUGAUGAUCUCACUUUUAUGGACUUUGAACAGCAGGCUGGCACCUGGACCAGUGAUCUACAGGCUUAUGCUGAUGAGGACACUUUUAAAAGAUUCGGAGCAAUAAAGGUGGACAUGGAUGUAAUUGAUUCACAUGCAUUACCGACAGACAGCUGCAAUCAGCCAGGGCAGCCAACAGAAUGUAGAAGCCCCCAAAAAACUGAAGUUCAGGACCCUAAAAGCUGCUUUUCAGAAAAGGACAAUGUGAUAUCAGGAAUUUCUAAAUCAGAGGAGGGCAGUAUUGAAGAUCGAGGAGAGCCAGCACAAAAGCAGACUGCACUUUUCCUGCUGAAAGCCUCUGAGGACGUGGACACUAAAAUCGGAAAAGAUGAGAAGCCACAUCAACCUGCUAUAGAAGGGCAAAGUACAGGCGUAAUUGCAGACACAUCAGGCCAAAUGGAAUUGAGUACUGGAGAAGGCAGUGAUUUGGGUUGUGUAGUUCACCAGCAUGAUUUCUCAAUGGUGGAGAGUCAUGCAGAUGAGGUUACCAAUGACUUAACCACAUGGACACUUGUCAAAAAGCGUAGGAAGAAUAGAAAAUCACCUGGGACUGACCAUUCUGACAAUGUUAGUAGCAGAGAUUUGAAAACUUCUAAUUCAAAAGAUAAGAAGACAGGUAAAGCAGAAUCAUUUUCAACAUCUGAGGUAAGGCUAAAGGUCACAACAGAUACAUCACUGAAUGUGUCUUCAAGUUCUAGUCAGUCAAACACUCUAGUGUCUUUGGCUACCGACAGAGAACUUCCAGGAGUAAUAAGCUCCAACCAGAAAGAUACCUUAAAUCUCAUACCAAUAGAAAUGAGAGAUAGACAUUCAGAGAUAGUUAGUGUCACUGAUACUAGAGCUGCCCAAACUAAUGUCAUAUAUCACAGUCCUCCAGAUGAUCUGGCCUUAACAACAGUGGAAUCUGUGCAGUUAAUACACACAAAAGCCUCAAAAUCAAUGCCAACAAAUCCUUCAGAUUUUGCGAGUACAGAGUUUAAAACACGCGUUUCUACAACACUUGUGUCAGAGCCAAAACUCUGCAUUACUUCCUGUAAUCCACUCAACCCUGUAACUCUGCCGGCUAUUCUUGCCACAGAACUGGAAUCAGAUCUUACCAAAUCCAACCAAAACCUACUGGCACAAGGUUCCCUAGAUUCUGCAACAAAAUUGGAUGAAACUUCAAUCAUCCGUGAUGAAACCGCAGAGACAACAGAGAUUAAUUUGAAAGAAGACAAGUACUGUGUUGAUGUCACUACAGAUAAAGAACAUGCUGUAACAAGCUCUUCUGAUGAAACGCCAACAAAGAAGAUGGACAAUAUUUCCUUGGGCACUGAUCUUUUUUCAUCAGAUGUUCAUUCUCAUUUAGAUAUCAAGAGUCAACACAGCCCUGGCCAACCUGAAGUCGUGCAGCCUGAAAAAGUCCUUUUAGAAAAGGAAGAAGUGUCAUCAGGUAUCCCAGAAUCAGAGAUGGUUAAUAUUGGAGAUCAGGCAGUCAUCCAAUUAGAACAGAUGGAAAUAGAUAUCCAGCUAAAAACCUCUGAAAUUAUGGAGAUUGACUUUAGAAAAGGUAAAAAAGAGGAGCCAACCACAGAAGGCCAACAUGCAGUGAUACAUGUAGACACAUCGAGCUGGAUAGAUGUCCAUAGAACAGAUGACAGGGAUUUGGGGUCUGUGGUUCACCAGCAUGAAGAGGAGGUUACCAGUGACAAAUCCACAAAUGUCACUCCACUGUAUGACAUUGAUGAUAGGAUUAAAAAAAUCAUGCCCACAAGAACACAAGAUGUAUUGCCUACAUCUGAAUCAGCACAACAAGCAGUAAUAGAUGUGGAGAACAUCCCUCCUGAACAGGAUACAAAUAAUGAGCAGUUCAUAUCUAGAUAUGAAGAAAUGGAUCAAACUGAACCAGUAAUGAAAAAGUCCACUGACAAUACAGGUGAGGAAUCAAGUGGAACCUCUGAAACCCCAAAGAUUGUCUUUACUGCAGAAUUGGGCUCAGAUUUUAAACAGAUCUCACUUGAACAAAAAUUUCCAGAUUCAGAAAAACAAUUACAUUCUGUUUCAGAUGAUAAGCUUGAUGCGAACAUCCACCCUGUCAGUGUUGACUUUAAUCAGGUAGAUUUUGGUCCUAUGCCUAAGAAGGACUCAUCAACUGAACCUAUGGCUGUUUACCCAGAGAACGAAGAAGAUACAAAAAAUGUUAAGAAAGUAUGUACUAUAAUUUUGGAUGUUGAUCCAACAACAUUACCACCAAAUCAAUCACUUCAUCUGACACAACAUCAGGAUCCCAAAGAGUCUGCCCACACCAGUGACUUCUCUUAUUCAGAUAUCAAGAGUCAAGAGAGAAGUUCCUCUGGCUCUAGGAAACCUGAUGGCCAAGAACUUGAAAGAAGACUUUUAGACAAGAGUGAUGAUAAUUUCGAACUUCAGGAUGAAAAAGGUGAUGUCAGUUCUAUGCCUCAGAAGGACUCAUCAACUGAACCUUUGGCUGUUUACCCAGAGAACGAAGAAGAUACCAAAAAUGUUAAGAAAGUAUGUACUAUAAUUUUGGAUGUUGAUCCAACAGCAUUACCACCACAUCAAUCACUUCAUCUGACACAAUUUCAGGAUCCCAAAGAGUCUGUCCACACCAGUGACUUCUCUUAUUCAGAUAUAAAGAGUCAAAAGAGAAGUUCUUCUGGCUCUAGGAAACCUGAUGGGCAAGAACUAGAAAGAAGACUUUUAGACAAGAGUGAUGAUAAUUUCCAACCUCAGGAUGAAAAAGGUAUAAUUUCAUUUGUGGAAUCAGUACAGCCUGAACCGGGGCAAGCAACACUUAUGCAACUAAAAACACCUGAUUUUAUUGAGACUGACAUUAGAAGAAGUGAAAAUGAGAAGUCACAUCAGCUGAUUGUCAAAAGCCAACACACAAUCAUAAAUACAGACACGUCAAGUCCACAGGGAGAUUUUGCUUCCGACCCUGAUUUCAGACUCAAGCCUGAGAAAGCCUCAACGUCAUUACCAUCAGAUACUUAUCAGCCACUGGAGCCAAUGCAAUGUGUGGAACCUGAAGAUGAACCAACUUAUUCAGAUGAACACAGAAGCUCAAGGGGGACUGGGAAACCUAAAGUUUCAAAUCCUGAAAGGGCUCUUUCAGGAAAUAAUGAUAUGACAUCAAGAUUUUCUGAUACGGGCAUGAGUAAUAUUGAAGCACAAGAUGACAUUAAACAAGUAUGGAGAGAAAGACUAAUUUAUUUUAAACCCUCUGAGGGCAUGGAGAGUGACAUUAGAGAAGGUGAAAAAAAGGAGCAUUAUCAUCUAACUAGAGACAUCCAACCCACAAAAACAGAUACAUCAAGUCAAAUAGAUGUCCAGACUGGAGAGGUCAAGGAUGCGGUAUCUGGGGUUCACCAGCAUGAUGUCAUAAUAGUGGAGAGACAUGAGAAGGACAUCACCAGUGACGAAACUACAAAUGCACCAGACAAUGCAGAACUAGACUCAGAUUUUAAUUAUCUCAAACAUAUUCCACUGGCACAAAGUUUCCCAGAUUCCAAAAAACAAUUAACUACUGUUUCAGAUGAUCAGCUAGAUGAGAAAAUUGACAGUGUUAACUCUACUCAAGGAGAUUUUGGUCCUAUUUUUGCUGUCAGUUCUAAACCAGAGAAUGACUCAACUAACCCCGUGGCUGCAUACCCAGAAAAUAAAAAUAAUGUAAAAACUGAAACUGAAAAGAAAGUAUUUACCAUCUUUUUGGAUGUUGAUCCACCUACAUUACCAUCUGAUCGAUCACUGCACCUGACACAAUUUGAAGAUCCGGAUGACUUUACCCAGACAGGUGAAUUCUCACAUUCAGAUGUCAAGACUCAACAAAGAAUUUCUUCUGCCACCGGAGAAACUAAUGGACAGAGGCCUGAAAGUGACCUUUCAGACAAGAGUAAAGAGAAAUCAAAAGUGUCUGAAUCAAGCAAUGAUCAAUUUGAAGCUCAAGAUAAAAAAGAUGUUAUUCCAUUUGAGGAAUCGGUACAGCCUGCAGAGAGGCAAACAACACUUUGUCGACUUAAAAUACUAGAUAAUGCAGAGACUGAUAUUAGAAAAAAUGAAAAUGAGGAUCCACCUCAGCUCAUUGUAGAAUGCCAACAUGAAGUCAAUAAUACAGGGACAUCAAGUCAAAUGGAUAUCCAAACUGAAGAACACAGUGCACAGUUAGGCUCUUUGCUUCACCAGUGUGAUGUCAAAGUAGUUAAUGAGGAUGAAGUUGCUAGUGAUAAAAGCAAACAUGCUCAAAACAAUGAAUUUUCAGAUGAAGCAAACAAACCAAUAGAAAAGACUCCAAAUAUUGGUAAGGGUAAAAAGAAGAAAAAUAAAUCUACUAGCAAGGCACAGACACUCAGUGUAAGUAGCAGAAAGCUGGAGACACCAAGUUGUAAACGUGAAAGCACAACUGACUCAGAAUUCCUUCAACCCCCUGAGAUAAAUCUACAGGACACUACAGAUACUUCACUGACAGUGUCUUUAGAAACGAGUCAGUCAAACCCUGAAAUUAUGUUGAAUGUCAUACAGGAUGAUACCAUAAAUUUCCUACAGUCAGAGAUUAAAGAGCAACAUUCAGAGAUGGUUAGCAUCUCUCAUGCUGUAGCUGGCCAUACUAAUGUCACAGAUGGACAUUCUCUAGAUGGUGUUACAUUAAAAGAAGUGACAUCUGUACAGUUGGUACAAACAGACACAUCAGAAUUAAUAGCAACUGAUGCUUCAGAUUUUGUGAUAUUUGAGUGUACAACGCAAAUUCCUACCACACCCAGCUCAGAAAAACUUGAAAAUGAUGGGGAAGCACAGAGAACAUGUCAGGACACAGGUGAGCAGGAGCUUUUAUCUGUAUCUCUGGAGAGGAGUGAAACAGGAUCUGUUAUAGAAGAACAUGACAGAGAUUCUUCUGAUGGUACAGAUUUGAAACUUAGUGUCAGCCAUGACUUGUUCAGUGUCGAUUCAUUCGUCCCUGAAAGCCCAAUGGCUGUUCUUGCCACAAAACAGGACUCUGACCAGAACUCACUGUCAAAAGGUGAUUCAGCAACAAAAUAUGAUGAUACUUCAGUUGUUCAUGAUGAAACCACAAAGACAUUGAAGACAGAAACCUUUAUCAAGGUGAAAACCUCUGUGGACAUGGAGGUAGACAUUGGAAAAAACAAAAAACAGAAGCCUAAACAACCAUCUACAGAAGGCCUAGAGAGUGGUGAAACUGAACCUAAAGAAAGAAAAGAUGAUCGUCAACCUACUGAUGGUGCAGGUGUGGAAUCAAUUGAAACCCCUGAAACUCAAACUCCCGAUUUCAUUGAGACUGACAUUAGAAAGAGUGAAAAUGAGAAGUCACAUCAGCUGAUUGUCAAAAGCCAACAUACAAUCAUAAAUACAAAUAAAUCAAGUAUACAGGGAGAUUUUGCUUCCAACCCUGAUUUCAGACCCAAACCUGAGAAAGACUCUUCAGCUCAAAAAUUGGCAAAGAAAGUAUUUACCAUGUUUUCAGAUUUUUUUUCACCUAAAUUAGCAUCAGGCAGUAAUCAGCCACUGCAAUCACAAGACUCUCACACAAAUGAACCAACUCAUUCAGAAAUUAACAAUGAACACAGAAGCUCAAGUGGGACAGGGAAACCUGAGGUCCCAAACUGCGAAAGAACUCUUUCUAAAAGUGAUGAUAUGAUAUCAAGUUUUUCUGAAACAGGGACGGGUAAUAUUGAAGCUCAGGCUGACAUUGAACAAGGAUGGAGUGAAAGACUUGACAUCAUGGAGAAGAUGAGAGAAGGUGAAAAAGAGGAGCCUCAUCAUUUGACUGUAGAAGUCCAACUUGCAACCACAAAAAGAGACACAUCAAGCCAAAUAGAUGUCCAGACUGGAGAGGACAGUGAUGCAGUAUCUGGGGUUCACCAGCAUGAUGUCACAGUAAUGGAGAGACAUGAGAAGGAUGUUACCAGUGACAAAACCACAAAUGCACCAGACAGUGCAGAACUAGACUCAGAUCAUAAUGAUCUCAUACAUAUUCCACUGGCACAAAGUUUCCCAGAUUCCAAAAAACAAAUAAAUACUGUUUCCGAUGAUCAGCUAGAUAAGAUCAUUCCUAGUGUUGACUCUACCCAAGGAGAUGUUGGUCCUGAAUUUGAUGUCAGUUUUAAACCAGAGAAAGACUCAUCAUCUGACCCUAUGGCAAAUGUUGGUAAGGGUAAAAAGAAGAAUAGGAAAUCUCCUGGCAAAGCACAGACAACCAAUGAUAGUUGUAGAAAGAUAGAUGAUACUAUGAAUCUAAUACAUUCAGAAAUUAAAGAGAAACAUUCAGAGAUGGUUAGCAUCUCUCAUGUUCUAGCUGGCCAUACUGGUGCUAAAGACAACAUUGAACAAGGGUGGAGUGAAAGACUUAUCUAUUUUAAAACCCCUGACAUCAUGGAGAGUGACAUUAGAGAAGGUGAAAAAGAAGAGCCUCAUCAUCUGACUGAAGAAGUCCAACAUGCAACCACAAAAAGAGACACAUCGAGCCAAAUAAAUGUCCAGACUGAAGAGGACAGUGAUGCGGUAUCUGGGGUUCACCAGCAUGAUGUCACAGUAGUGGAGAGACAUGAGAAAGAUUUCACCAGUGACAAAACCACAAAUGCACCAGACAGUGCAGAACUAGACCCAGAUCUUAAUAAUCUUAGACAUAUUCCACUGGCACAAAGUUUCCCAGAUUCCAAAAAACAAAUAAGUACUGUUUCUGAUGAUCAUCUUGAUAAGAUCAUUCCUAGUGUUGACUCUACCCAAGGAGAUGUUGGUCCUGAAUUUGAUGUCAGUUUUAAACCAGAGAAAGACUCAUCAUCUGUCCCUAUGGCAAAUGUUGAUAAGAUUAAAAAGAAGAACAGGAAAUCUCCUGGCAAAGCACAGACAAGCAAUGAUAAUAGUAGAAAGAUGAAGACACCUAGUUGUAAUCGUGAGAGCACACCUGACUCAGAUUGCCUUCAAACCCCUGAGAUAAAGCUACAGGACACUACAGAUACUUCACUGACUUUGUCUUUAGAAACGAGUCAGUCAAACCCUGAAAUGUCAGUGAAUACCAUUCAGGAUGAUAACACAAAUCUCCUACAGUCAGAAAUUAAAGAACAACAUUCAGAGAUGGUUAGCAUCUCUCAUGCUGUAGCUGGCCAUACUAGUGCUCAAGAAGACAUUGAACAAAGAUGGAAAGAAAGACUUAUCUAUUUUAAAACCUCUGAGGGCAUGGAGAGUGACAUUAGAGAAGGUAAAGAAGAGGAUCCUCAUCAUCUGACUGAAGAAGUCCAACAUGCAACCACAAAAACAGAUACAUCUAGCCAAAUAGAUGUCCAGACUGAAGCAGUCAGUGAUGCUGUAUCUGGGGUUCACCAGCAUGAUGUCACAGUAGUGGAGAGACAUGAGAAGGCAAAUGUUGGUAAGGGUAAAAAGAAGAACAGGAAAUCUGGCAAAGCACAGACAAGCAAUGAUAGUAGUAGAAAGAUGAAGACACCUAGUUGCUAUCGUGAGAGCACAUCUGACUCCGAUUGCAUUCAAACCCCUGAGAUAAAGCUACAGGACACUACAGAUACUUCACUGACUUUGUCUUUAGAAACGAGUCAGUCAAACCCUGAAAUGUCAGUUAAUACCAUUCAGGAUGAUACUAUGAAUCUAAUACAUUCAGAAAUUAAAGAGAAACAUUCAGAGAUGGUUAGCAUCUCUCAUGUUCUAGCUGGCCAUACUGGUGCACAAGACAACAUUGAACAAGGAUGGAGUGAAAGACUUAUCUAUUUUAAAACCCCUGACAUCAUGGAGAGCGACAUUAAAGAAGGUGAAAAAGAGGAGCCUCAUCAUCUGACUGAAGAAGUCCAACAUGCAACCACAAAAAGAGACACAUCAAGCCAAAUAAAUGUCCAGACUGGAGAGGUCAAUGAUGCGGUAUCUGGGGUUCACCAGCAUGAUGUCACAGUAGUGGAGAGACAUGAGAAGGACGUCACCAGUGACAAAACCACAAAUGCACCAUACAGUGCAGAACUAGACUCAGAUCUUAAUAAUCUUACACAUAUUCCACUGACACAAGGUUUCCCAGAUUCCAAAAAACAAAUAAAUACUGUUUCCGAUGAUCAGCUAGAUAAGAUCAUUCCUAGUGUUGACUCUACCCAAGGAGAUGUUGGUCUUGAAUUUGAUGUCAGUUUUAAACCAGAGAAAGAUUCAUCAUCUGACCCUAUGGCAAUUGUUGAUAAGGGUAAAAAGAAGAACAGAAAAUCUCCUGGCAAAGCACAGACAAGCAAUGAUAGUAGUACAAAGAUGAAGACACCUAGUUGUAAUCGUGAGAGCACACCUGACUCAGAUUGCCUUCAAACCCCUGAGAUAAAGCUACAGGACACUACAGAUACUUCACUGACUUUGUCUUUAGAAACGAGUCAGUCAAACCCUGACAUGUCAGUGAAUACCAUUCAGGAUGAUAACACGAAUCUCCUACAGUCAGAAAUUAAAGAGAAACAUUCAGAGAUGGUUAGCAUCUCUCAUGCUGUAGCUGGCCAUACUAGUGCUCAAGAAGACAUUGAACAAAGAUGGAAAGAAAUACUUAUCUAUUUUAAAACCUCUGAGGGCAUGGAGAGUUACAUUAGAGAAGGUGAAGAAGAGGAUCCUCAUCAUCUGACUGAAGAAGUCCAACAUGCAACCACAAAAACAGAUACAUCUAGCCAAAUAGAUGUCCAGACUGAAGCAGUCAGUGAUGCAGUAUCUGGGGUUCACCAGCAUGAUGUCACAGUAGUGGAGAGACAUGAGAAGGAUGUCACCAGUGACAAAACCACAAAUGCACCAGACAGUGCAGAACUAGACUCAGAUCUUAAUGUCAACCAUAUUCCACUGGCACAAAGUUUCCCAGAUUCCAAAAAACAAAUAAAUACUGUUUUAGAUGUUCAGCUAGAUGAGAUCAUUCCUAGUGUUGACUCUACCCAAGGAGAUGUUGGUUCUGAAUUUGAUGUCAGUUUUAAACCAGAGAAAGACUCAUCAUCUUACCCUAUGUCAAAUGUUGGUAAGGGUAAAAAGAAGAACAGGAAAUCUCCUGGCAAAGCACAGACAAGCAAUGAUAGUAGUAGAAAGAUAAAGACACCUAGUUGUAAUCGUGAGAGCACACCUGACUCAGAUUGCCUUCAAACCCCUGAGAUAAAGCUACAGGACACUACAGAUACUUCACUGACUUUGUCUUUAGAAACUAGUCAGUCAAACCCUGAAAUGUCAGUGGAUACCAUUCAGGAUGAUACUAUGAAUCUAAUACAUUCAGAAAUUAAAGAGAAACAUUCAGAGAUGGUUAGCAUCUCUCAUGUUCUAGCUGGCCAUUCUUGUGCUCAAGACAACAUUGAACAAGGAUGGAGUGAAAGACUUAUCUAUUUUAAAACCCCUGACAUCAUGGAGGGUGACAUUAGAGAAGGUGAAAAAGAGGAGCCUCAUCAUCUGACUGAAGAAGUCCAACAUGCAACCACAAAAAGAGACACAUCAAGCCAAAUAGAUGUCCAGACUGAAGCGGUCAGUGAUGCUGUAUCUGGGGUUCACCAGCAUGAUGUCACAGUAGUGGAGAGACAUGAGAAGGACGUCACCAGUGACAAAACCACAAAUGAACCAGACAGUGCAGAACUAGACUCAGAUCUUAAAAAUCUUAGACAUAUUCCACUGACACAAGGUUUCCCAGAUUCCAAAAAGCAAAUAGAUACUGUUUCCGAUGAUCAGCUAGAUAAGAUCAUUCCUAGUGUUGACUCUACCCAAGGAGAUGUUGGUCCUGAUUUUGAUGUCAGUCUUAAACCAGAGAAGGACUCAUCAUCUGACCCUAUGGCAAAUGUUGGUAAGGGUAAAAAGAAGAAUAGGAAAUCUCCUGGAAAAGUGCAAACAAGCAAUGAUAGUAGCAGUGUUAGUAACAUCUCUCAUGAUGUAGCAGUGACUAAUGUCACAGAUGGACAUUCUCCAGAUGGUGUUACAUUACCAGAAGUGAAAUCUGUACAGUUGGUACAAACAGACACAUCAAAAUUAGUAGCAACUAAUGCUCCAGAUUUUGUGAUAUUUGAGGGUACAUCGCAAUUUCCUACCACACCCAGCUCAGAGUCAAAACGCAACAAUGAUGGGGAAGCACAAAGAACAACACAACAAUGGCAGGUCACAGGUGAGCAGAAGCUCAUGUCUGUAUCUCUAGAGAGGAAUGAAACAGGAUAUGUAACAAGAGAAGAUGAUAGAGCUGAUUGUAGACAAUAUCAGCUGAUUGUAGAAGGCCAACAUACAAUCAUAGGUACAGAAACAUCUACCCAAAUGGAUGUCCACAUUGGAGGAGAAAGUGAUUUAGACUCCUUGCUUCACAAUAGUGAUGUCACAAUGUCACAUGAGGAUGACGUUGCUGUUGACAAAAACAAAUAUGCACAAGAUAAAAAGUCUGAUGAAGCAAACAAAGCACUAGAAAAGUCAACAAAUGUUGCCAAGGGUAAAAAGAAGAGGAAGACAUCUGGCAAAGAUCAGACAAACAGUGUUAGUAGUACAGAGACACAAAGUUGUGAACAUAAGAGCACACCUGACUCAAAAUCCCUUCAAACCUCUGAGGUUAAGCUACUUGACAAAGAUGGCGAAGCACAGAGAACAACCCAAGCAGUUGAACCUUUGACUGUAUAUCCAGAGAGUGAAGUUGCAAGACCUGAAACUGCAAAGAAAGCAUUUACUAUAAUCUUGGAUGUUGAUUCACAUACAUUACCAUCAGAUAAGUCGUUGGAUUUGACAAAAUUUGAGGCUUCUAAAGACCCUGCCUGUACAGGUGAUUUAUCUCAGUCAGAAAUCAAGAAGCAAAGUUCUGCAGACACGAGGAAACCUGAAGACCAAACGCUUGAAAAUGACAUCACAGACAUGAGUGAUGUGAAAUCAAAAAUCUCUGAAUCAGACACUGAAAAUGUUGAAGUUCAAGAUGAAAAUUGUGAAAAUCCAUUUGUGGAAGCGGUACAGCCUGAAGAGAGACAAACUACAUUUAUCCAACUAGAAACACCUAAUGUUAUGGAAGUUGACAUCAGAGGAAAUGAAAAGUCACAUCAGCUGAUUGUAGAAGGUAAAUAUACAAUCAUAAGUACAGAAACAUCUACCCAAAUGAAUGUCCACAUUGGAGGAGAAAGUGAUUUAGGCUCCUUGCUUCACCAGAGUGAUGUCACGAUGUCGCAUGAGGAUGAUGUUGCUGGUGACAAAUAUGCACAAGAUAAAAAGUCUGAUGAAGAAAACAAAGCACUAGAAAAGUCAACAAAUGUUGCCAAGGGUAAAAAGAAGAGCAGGAAGACACCUGGCAAAGAUCAGACAAGCAGUGCUAGUAGUAGAAAGACACAAAGUUGUAAACAUAAAAGCACACAUGACUCAGAAUGCCUUACCUCUGAGGUAAAGCUACUUGACAAAGAUGGCGAAGCACAGAGAACAACCCACCUAUGGCAGGAGCCCAUGUCUGUUUCAAUAGAGAGGAAAGAAACAGGAGCUGUUAUAGAGGGUGACACUGAAUCUAAGGGUGGUACAGAUUUGAAAUUAAGUGUCAGCCAUGACUCUUCCAUUGUCAGUGAACUCCCCCCUGAAAGCCCAAUAGCUGUUCCUGACCAGACAUCACUGUCACAAAGUGUGCCAGAUACUUCAACAAAACGUGAAGAUGCUUCAGAUGCUCAUGAUGAAACACAUAUCCUGCUGAAAACCUUUAAGGUCAUCGAGGUUGACAUUAGAAAAAGUGAGAAAAAGGAGUUCCGAGAGUCGACUAUAGAAGGCCAAAAGAUGGAUGCAAGUGGACCUGUAGUAAGUAAAGUUGACAAAGAACUCACUGGUGGCACGGGUGUAAAAUCAAAUGCAACUUCUGAAACCCCAACACCUGCGUUUACUGCAGAACUACACACAGAUCUUAGCAAUCUUGAACAGGUGCCAAUGACACAAAGUGUCUCAGAUUCUAUAAAACAAUUACAUAAUGUUUUAGAUGAUCAGCUAGAUGAGAACAUCCACACUGAUACUGCUGAUUCUGCUCAUGGAGAUGUUGGUCAUCUACUUGUUGUCAGUCCUAAACCUGAGGAGUUAUCAGUUGAGCCUUUGGCUGUAUAUCCAGAGAGUGAAGUUGCAAGGCCUGAAACUGCAAAGAAAACAUUUACUAUAAUCUUGGAUGUUGAUUCACAUACAUUACCAUCAUAUCAGUCGCUGGAUUUGACUAAAUUUGAGGCUUCUGAGGACCCUGCCUGUACAGGUGAAUUAUCUCAGUCAGAUAUCAAGAAGCAACCCAAAAGUUCUGUAGACACGAGGAAACCUGAAGACCAAACACUUGAAAGUGACAUCACAGACAUGAGUGAUGUGAAAUCAAAAAUCUCUGAAUCGGGCACUGAAAAUGUUGAAGUUCAAGAUGUAGAUGCAUUUGUGGAAUCGGUACAGCCUGAAGGGAGGCAAACUACAUUUAUCCAACUAGAAACACCCAAUGUUAUGGAAGUUGACAUCAGUGGAAAUGAAAAGUCACAUCAGCUGAUUGUAGAAGGCCAACAUACAAUCAUAAGUACAGAAACAUCUACCCAAAUGGAUGUCCACAUUGGAGGAGAAAGUGAUUUAGGCUCCUUGCUUCACCAGAGUGAUGUCACGAUGUUGCAUGAGGAUGACGUUGCUGGUGACAAAAACAAAUAUGCACAAGAUAAAAAGUCUGAUGAAGCAAACAAAGCACUAGAAAAGUCAACAAAUGUUGCCAAGGGUAAAAAGAAGAGGAAGACAUCUGGCAAAGAUCAGACAAGCAGUGUUAGUAGUAGAGAGACACAAAGUUGUAAACAUAAGAGCACACCUUACUCGGAAUCCCUUCAAACCUCUGAUGUAAAGCUACUUGACAAAGAUGGCGAAGCACAGAGAACAACCCAAGCAGUUGAACCUUUGACUGUAUAUCCAGAGAGUGAAGUUGCAAGACCUGAUACUGUAAAGAAAGCAUUUAAUAUAAUUUUGGAUGUUGAUUCACAUUCUUUACCAUCAGAUCAGUCGUUGGAUUUGACAAAAUUUGAGGCUUCUGAAGAUCCUGCCUGUAGAGGUGAAUUAUCUCAGUCAGAAAUCAAGAAGCAAAGUUCUGUAGACACAAGGAAACCUGAAGACCAAAAGCUUGAAAGUGACAUCACAGACAUGAGUAAUGUGAAAUUAAAAAUCUCUGAAUCAGACACUGAAAUUGUUGAAGUUCAAGAUGAAAAUGGUGUAAAUGCAUUUGUGGAAGCGGUACAGCCUGAAGAGAGACAAACUACAUUUAUCCAGCUAGAAACACUUAAUGUUAUGGAAGUUGACAUCAGAGGAAAUGAAAAGUCACAUCAGCUGAUUAGAGAAGGUCAACAUACAAUCAUAAGUACAGAAACAUCUACCCAAAUGGAUGUCCACAUUGGAGGAGAAAGUGAUUUAGGCUCCUUGCUUCACCAGAGUGAUGUCACGAUGUCGCAUAAAGAUGACGUUGCUGGUGACAAAAACAAAUAUGCAGAAGAUAAAAAGUCUGAUGAAGCAAACAAAGCACUAGACAAGUCAACAAAUGUUGCCAAGGGUAAAAAGAAGAGCAGGAAGACACCUGGCAAAGACCAGACAAGCAGUGUUAGUAGUAGAAAGACACAAAGUUGUAAACAUAAGAGCACACAUGACUCAGAAUACCUUACCUCUGAGGUAAAGCUACUUGACAAAGAUGGCGAAGCACAGAGAACAACCCACCUAUGGCAGGAGCCCAUGUCUGUUUCAAUAGAGAGGAAAGAAACAGGAGCUGUUAUAGAGGGUGACACUGAAUCUAAGGGUGGUACAGAUUUGAAAUUAAGUGUCAGCCAUGACUCUUCCAUUGUCAGUGAACUCCCCCCUGAAAGCCCAAUAGCUGUUCCUGACCAGACAUCACUGUCACAAAGUGUGCCAGAUACUUCAACAAAACGUGAAGAUGCUUCAGAUGCUCAUGAUGAAACACAUAUCCUGCUGAAAACCUUUAAGGUCAUCGAGGUUGACAUUAGAAAAAGUGAGAAAAAGGAGUUCCGAGAGUCGACUAUAGAAGGCCAAAAGAUGGAUGCAAGUGGACCUGUAGUAAGUAAAGUUGACAAAGAACCCACUGGUGGCACGGGUGUAAAAUCAAAUGCAACUUCUGAAACCCCAACGCCUGCGUUUACUGCAGAACUACACACAGAUCUUAGCAAUCUUGAACAGGUGCCAAUGACACAAAGUGUCUCAGAUUCUAUAAAACAAUUACAUAAUGUUUUAGAUGAUCAGCUAGAUGAGAACAUCCACACUGAUACUGCUGAGACUGCUCAUGGAGAUGUUGGUCAUCUACUUGUUGUCAGUCCUAAACCUGAGGAGUUAUCAGUUGAGCCUUUGGCUGUAUAUCCAGAGAGUGAAGUUGCAAGGCCUGAAACUGCAAAGAAAGCAUUUACUAUAAUCUUGGAUGUUGAUUCACAUACAUUACCAUCAUAUCACUCGCUGGAUUUGACUAAAUUUGAGGCUUCUGAAGACCCUGCCUGUACAGGUGAAUUAUCUCAGUCAGAUACCAAGAAGCAACACAAAAGUUCUGCAGACACUAGGAAACCUGAAGACCAAACACUUGAAAGUGACAUUUCAGACAUGAGUGAUGUGAAAUUAAAAACCUCUGAAUCAGGCACUGAAAAUGUUGAAGGUCAAGAUGUAGAUGCAUUUGUGGAAUCGGUACAGCCUGAAGGGAGGCAAACUACAUUUAUCCAACUAGAAACACCCAAUGUUAUGGAAGUUGACAUCAGUGGAAAUGAAAAGUCACAUCAGCUGAUUGUAGAAGGCCAACAUACAAUCAUAAGUACAGAAACAUCUACCCAAAUGGAUGUCCACAUUGGAGGAGAAAGUGAUUUAGGCUCCUUGCUUCACCAGAGUGAUGUCACAAUGUCUCAUGAGGAUGACGUUGCUGUUGACAAAAACAAAUAUGCACAAGAUAAAAAGUCUGAUGAAGCAAACAAAGCACUAGAAAAGUCAACAAAUGUUGCCAAGGGUAAAAAGAAGAGGAAGACAUCUGGCAAAGAUCAGACAAGCACUGUUAGUAGUAGAGAGACACAAAGUUGUAAACAUAAGAGCACACCUAACUCGGAAUCCCUUCAAACCUCUGAUGUAAAGCUACUUGACAAAGAUGGCAAAGCACAGAGAACAACCCAAGCAGUUGAACCUUUGACUGUAUAUCCAGAGAGUGAAGUUGCAAGACCUGAUACUGCAAAGAAAGCAUUUAAUAUAAUUUUGGAUGUUGAUUCACAUUCAUUACCAUCAGAUCAGUCGUUGGAUUUGACAAAAUUUGAGGCUUCUGAAGAUCCUGCCUGUAGAGGUGAAUUAUCUCAGUCAGAAAUCAAGAAGCAAAGUUCUGUAGACACUAGGAAACCUGAAGACCAAAAGCUUGAAAGUGACAUCACAGACAUGAGUAAUGUGAAAUCAAAAAUCUCUGAAUCAGACACUGAAAUUGUUGAAGUUCAAGAUGAAAAUGGUUUAAAUGCAUUUGUGGAAGCGGUACAGCCUGAAGAGAGACAAACUAAAUUUAUCCAACUAGAAACACCUAAUGUUAUGGAAGUUGACAUCAGUGGGAAUGAAAAGUCACAUCAGCUGAUUGUAAAAGGUCAACAUACAAUCAUAAGUACAGAAAUAUCUACCCAAAUGGAUGUCCACAUUGGAGGAGAAAGUGAUUUAGGCUCCUUGCUUCACCAGAGGGAUGUCACGAUGUCGCAUAAAGAUGACAUUGCUGGUGACAAAAACAAAUAUGCAGAAGAUAAAAAGUCUGAUGAAGCAAACAAAGCACUAGACAAGUCAACAAAUGUUGCCAAGGGUAAAAAGAAGAGCAGGAAGACACCUGGCAAAGAUCAGACAAGCAGUGUUAGUAGUAGAAAGACACAAAGUUGUAAACAUAAGAGCACACAUGACUCAGAAUGCCUUUCCUCUGAGGUAAAGCUACUUGACAAAGAUGGCGAAGCACAGAGAACAACCCACCUAUGGCAGGAGUCCAUGUCUGUUUCUCUAGAGAGGAAAGAAACAGGAGCUGUUAUAGAUGGUGACACGGAAUCUAAGGGUGGUACAGAUUUGAAAUUAAGUGUCAGCCAUGACUUUUCCAGUGUCCGUGAACUCACCCCUGAAAGCCCAAUAGCUGUUCCUGACCAGACAUCACUGUCACAAGGUGUGCCAGAUACUUCAACAAAAUGUGAAGAUACUUCAGAUGUUCAUGAUGAAACACCUAUCCUGCUGAAAACCUUUGAGGUGAUAGAGGUUGACAUUAGAAAAAGUGAGAAAAAGGAGUUCCAAGAGUCGACUAUAGAAGGCCAAAAGAUGGAUGCAAGUGGACCUGUAGUAAGUAAAGUUGACAAAGAACCCACUGGUGGCACGGGUGUAAAAUCAAAUGCAACUUCUGAAACCCCAACGCCUGCGUUUACUGCAGAACUACACACAGAUCUUAGCAAUCUUGAACAGGUGCCAAUGACACAAAGUGUCUCAGAUUCUAUAAAACAAUUACAUAAUGUUUUAGAUGAUCAGCUAGAUGAGAACAUCCACACUGAUACUGCUGAGACUGCUCAUGGAGAUGUUGGUCAUCUACUUGUUGUCAGUCCUAAACCUGAGGAGUUAUCAGUUGAGCCUUUGGUUGUAUAUCCAGGGAGUGAAGUUGCAAUGCCUGAAACUGCAAAGAAAGCAUUUACUAUAAUCUUGGAUGUUGAUUCACAUACAUUACCAUCAGAUCAGUCGCUGGAUUUGACUAAAUUUGAGGCUUCUGAAUACCCUGCCUGUACAGGUGAAUUAUCUCAGUCAGAUAUCAAGAAGCAACACAAAAGUUCUGCAGACACGAGGAAACCUGAAGACCAAUCACUUGAAAGUUACAUCACAGACAUUAAUGAUGUGGAAUUAAAAAUCUCUGAAUCAGGCACUGAAAAUGUUGAAGUUCAAGAUGUAGAUGCAUUUGUGAAAUCGGUACAGCCUGAAGGGAGGCAAACUACAUUUAUCCAACUAGAAACACCCAAUGUUAUGGAAGUUGAAAUCAGUGGAAAUGAAAAGUCACAUCAGCUGAUUGUAGAAGGCCAACAUACAAUCAUAAGUACAGAAACAUCUACCCAAAUGGAUGUCCACAUUGGAGGAGAAAGUGAUUUAGGCUCCUUGCUUCACCAGAGUGAUGUCACGAUGUCGCAUCAGGAUGACGUUGCUGGUGACAAAAACAAAUAUGCAGAAGAUAAAAAGUCUGAUGAAGCAAACAAAGCACUAGACAAGUCAACAAAUGUUGCCAAGGGUAAAAAGAAGAGCAGGAAGACACCUGGCAAAGAUCAGACAAGCAGUGUUAGUAGUAGAAAGACACAAAGCUGUAAACAUAAGAUCACACCUUACUCAGAAUGCCUUACCUCUGAGGUAAAGCUACUUGACAAAGAUGGCGAAGCACAGAGAACAACCCACCUAUGGCAGGAGUCCAUGUCUGAUUCUCUAGAGAGGAAAGAAACAGGAGCUGUUAUAGAGGGUGAUACUGAAUCUAAGGGUGGUACAGAUUUGAAAUUAAGUGUCAGCCAUGACUUUUCCAGUGUCAGUCAACUCACCCCUGAAAGCCCAAUAGCUGUUCCUGACAUAGAACUGGACUCUGGCCAGACAUCACUGUCACAAGGUGUGCCAGAUUCUGCAACAAAAUGUGAAGAUGCUUCAGAUGUUCAUGAUGAAACACCUAUCCUGCUGAAAACCUUUGAGGUGAUAGAGGUUGACAUUAGAAAAAAUGAGAAAAAGGAGUUCCAAGAGUCGACUAUAGAAGGCCAAAAGAUGGAAGAAAGUGGACUUGUAGUAAGUGAAGUUGACAAAGAACCCACUGAUGGCACUGGUGUAAAAUCAAAUGCAACUUCUGAAACCCCAACACCUGUGUUUACUGCAGAACUAAACACUGAUUUUAGCAAUCUUGAACAGGUCCCAAUGGCACAAAGUUUCUCAGAUUCUACAAAACAAUUACAUAAUGUUUCAGAUAAUCAGCUUGAUGAGAACAUCCACACUGAUACUGUUAAGACUGCUCAGGGAGAUUUUGUUACUGAACUUGUUGUCAGUCCUAAAUCUGAGGAGUUAUCAGUUGAGCCUUUGGCUGUAUAUUCAGAGAGUGAAGUUGCAAGAGCUGAUACUGCAAAGGAAGCAUUUACUAUGAUCUCGGAUGUUGAUUCACAAACAUUACCAUCAGAUCAUAUGGAUUUGACCAAAUUUGAGGCUUCUGAAGACCCUGCCCGUACAGGUGAAUUAUUUCAGUCAGAUAUCAAGAAGCAACACAAAAGUUCUGCAGACACUAGUAAACCUGAAGACCAAACGCUUGAAAGUGACAUUUCAGACACGAGUGAUGUGAAAUCAAAAAUCUCUGAAUCAGGCACUGAAAAUUUUAAAGUUCAAGACAAAAGUGGUGUAAAUGCAUUUGUGGAAUCAGAACAGCCUGAAGACAGGCAAACUACAUUUAUUCAACUAGAAACACCCAAUGUUAUGGAAGUUGACAUUAGAAGAAAUGAAAAGUCAAAUCAGCUGAUUGUAGAAGGUCAACAUACAAUCAUAAGUACAGAAAUAUCUACUCAAAUUGAUGUCCACAUUGGAGGAGAAAGUGAUUUAGGCUCCUUGCUUCACCAGAGUGAUGUCACGAUAUCGCAUGAGGAUGACGUUGCUGGUGACAAAAACAAAUAUGCACAAAAUAAAAAGUCUGAUGAAGCAAACAAAGCACUAGAAAAGUCAACAAAUGUUGCCAAGGGUAAAAAGAAGAGCAGGAAGACACCUGGCAAAGAUCAGACAAGCAGUGUUAGUAGUAGAAAGACACACAGUUGUAAACAUAAGAGCACACGUGACUCAGAAUCCUUUCAAACUUCUGAGGUUAAGCUACUUGACAAAGAUGGCGAAGCACAGAGAACAACCCAACCAUGGCAGGAGUCCAUGUCUGUUUCUCCAGAGAGGAAAGAAACAGUAGCUAUAAUAGAUGGUGGCACAGAAUCUACUGUUGGUUCAGAUUUGAAAUUAAGUGUCAGCCAUGACUUUUCCAGUGCCUGUCAACUCAUCCCUGAAAGCCCAAUGGCUGUUCUUGACACAGAACUGGACUCUGACCAGAGCUCACUGAUAAAAGGUGUGCCAGAUACUGCAACAAAAUGUGACAAUACUUCAGAUGUUCAUGAUGAAACACCUAUCCCACUGAAAACCUUUGAGGUCAUAGAGAUUGACAUUAGAAAAAGUGAGAAAGAGGAGUUCCAAGAGUCGACUACAGAAUGCCAAAAGAUAGAUGAAAGUGGACCUGUAGUAAGUAAAGUUGACAAAGAACCCACUGAUGGCACAGGUGUAAAAUCAAAUGCAACUUCUGAAACCCCAACGCCUGUGUUUACUGCAGAACUAAACACAGAUCUUAGCAAUCUUGAACAGGUCCCAAUGGCACAAAGUUUCUCAGAUUUGGAAAAACAAUUACAUAAUGUUUCAGAUGAUCAGCUUGAUGAGAACAUCCACACUGAUACUGUUGAGACUGCUCAGGUAGAUUUGGCUCCUGAUCUUGUUGUCAGUCCUAAACCUAAGGAAUUAUCAGUUGAGCUUUUGGCUGUAUAUCCAGAGAGUGAAGUUGCAAGACCUGAUACUGCAAAGAAAGCAUUUACUAUAAUCUCGGAUGUUGAUUCACAUACAUUACCAUCAGAUCAGUUGCUGGAUUUGACAAUAUUUGAGGCUUCGGAAGACCCUGCCCGUACAUGUGAAUUAUAUCAUUCAGAUAUCAAGAAGCAACACAAAAGUUCUGCAGACACUAGGAAACCUGAAGACCAAACGGUUGAAAGUGACAUCACAGACAUGAGUAAUGUGAAAUCAAAAAUCUCUGAAUCAGACACUGAAAAUGUUGAAGUUCAAGAUGAAAAUGGUGUAAAUGCAUUUGUGGAAGCGGUACAGCCUGAAGAGAGACAAACUACAUUUAUCCAACUAGAAACACCCAAUGUUAUGGAAGUUGACAUCAGAGGAAAUGAAAAGUCACAUCAGCUGAUUGUAGAAGGUCAACAUACAAUCAUAAGUACAGAAACAUCUACCCAAAUGGAUGUCCACAUUGGAGAAGAAAGUGAUUUAGGCCCCUUGCUUAACCAGAGUGAUGUCACGAUGUCGCAUGAGGAUGAGGUUGCUGGUGACAAAAACAAAUAUGCACAAGAUAAAAAGUCUGAUGAAGCAAACAAAGCACUAGAAAAGUCAACAAAUGUUGCCAAGGGUAAAAAGAAGAGCAGGAAGACACCUGGCAAAGAUCAGACAAGCAGUGUUAGUAGUAGAAAGACACAAAGCUGUAAACAUAAGAGCACACAUGACUCGGAAUGCCUUACCUCUGAGGUAAAGCUACUUGACAAAGAUGGCGAAGCACAGAGAACAACCCGCCUAUGGCAGGAGUCCAUGUCUGUUUCUCUAGAGAGGAAAGAAACAGGAGCUGUUAUAGAGGGUGAUACUGAAUCUAAGGGUGGUACAGAUUUGAAAUUAAGUGUCAGCGAUGACUUUUCCAGUGUCAGUCAACUCACCCCUGAAAGCCCAAUAGCUGUUCCUGACAUAGAACUGGACUCUGGCCAGACAUCACUGUCACAAGGUGUGCCAGAUACUGCAACAAAAUGUGAAGAUGCUUCAGAUGUUCAUGAUGAAACACCUAUCCUGCUGAAAACCUUUGAGGUGAUAGAGGUUGACAUUAGAAAAAGUGAGAAAAAGGAGUUCCGAGAGUCGACUAUAGAAGGCCAAAAGAUGGAAGAAAGUGGACCUGUAGUAAGUGAAGUUGACAAAGAACCCACUGAUGGCACUGGUGUAAAAUCAAAUGCAACUUCUGAAACCCCAACACCUGUGUUUACCGCAGAACUAAACACUGAUUUUAGCAAUCUUGAACAGGUCCCAAUGGCACAAAGUUUCUCAGAUUCUACAAAACAAUUACAUAAUGUUUUAGAUGAUCAGCUAGAUGAGAACAUCCACACUGAUACUGUUAAGACUGCUCAGGGAGAUUUUGUUCCUGAACUUGUUGUCAGUCCUAAAUCUGAGGAGUUAUCAGUUGAGCCUUUGGCUGUAUAUUCAGAGAGUGAAGUUGCAAGAGCUGAUACUGCAAAGGAAGUAUUUACUAUGAUCUCGGAUGUUGAUUCACAUACAUUACCAUCAGAUCAUAUGGAUUUGACCAAAUUUGAGGCUUCUGAAGACCCUGCCCGUACAGGUGAAUUAUCUCAGUCAGAUAUCAAGAAGCAACACAAAAGUUCUGCAGACACUAGGAAACCUGAAGACCAAACGCUUGAAAGUGACAUUUCAGACACGAGUGAUGUGAAAUCAAAAAUCUCUGCAUCAGACACUGAAAAUUUUGAAGUUCAAGACAAAAAUUGUGUAAAUGCAUUUGUGGAAUCAGAACAGCCUGAAGACAGGCAAACUACAUUUAUUCAACUAGAAACACCCAAUGUUAUGGAAGUUGACAUCAGAAGAAAUGAAAAGUCACAUCAGCUGAUUGUAGAAGGUCAACAUACAAUCAUAAGUACAGAAAUAUCUACUCAAAUGGAUGUCCACAUUGGAGGAGAAAGUGAUUUAGGCUCCUUGCUUCACCAGAGUGAUGUCACGAUAUUGCAUGAGGAUGACGUUGCUGGUGACAAAAACAAAUAUGCACAAAAUAAAAAGUCUGAUGAAGCAAACAAAGCACUAGAAAAGUCAACAAAUGUUGCCAAGGGUAAAAAGAAGAGCAGGAAGACACCUGGCAAAGAUCAGACAAGCAGUGUUAGUAGUAGAGAGACACACAGUUGUAAACAUAAGAGCACACGUGACUCAGAAUCCUUUCAAACUUCUGUGGUUAAGCUACUUGACAAAGAUGGCGAAGCACAGAGAACAACCCAACCAUGGCAGGAGUCCAUGUCUGUUUCUCUAGAGAGGAAAGAAACAGUAGCUAUAAUAGAUGGUGGCACAGAAUCUACUGUUGGUACAGAUUUGAAAUUAAGUGUCAGCCAUGACUUUUCCAGUGCCUGUCAACUCAUCCCUGAAAGCCCAAUGGCUGUUCUUGACACAGAACUGGACAUUGACCAGAGCUCACUGAUAAAAGGUGUGCCAGAUACUGCAACAAAAUGUGACAAUACUUCAGAUGUUCAUGAUGAAACACCUAUCCCACUGAAAACCUUUGAGGUCAUAGAGAUUGACAUUAGAUUAAGUGAGAAAAAGGAGUUCCAAGAGUCGACUACAGAAUGCCAAAAGAUAGAUGAAAGUGGACCUGUAGUAAGUAAAGUUGACAAAGAACCCACUGAUGGCACAGGUGCAACUUCUGAAACCCCAACGCCUGUGUUUACUGCAGAACUAAACACAGAUCUUAGCAAUCUUGAACAGGUCCCAAUGGCACAAAGUUUCUCAGAUUUGGAAAAACAAUUACAUAAUGUUUCAGAUGAUCAGCUUGAUGAGAACAUCCACACUGAUACUGUUGAGACUGCUCAGGUAGAUUUGGCUCCUGAUCUUGUUGUCAGUCCUAAACCUGAGGAAUUAUCAGUUGAGCUUUUGGCUGUAUAUCCAGAGAGUGAAGUUGCAAGACCUGAUACUGCAAAGAAAGCAUUUACUAUAAUCUCGGAUGUUGAUUCACAUACAUUACCAUCAGAUCAGUUGCUGGAUUUGACAAUAUUUGAGGCUUCGGAAGACCCUGCCCGUACAUGUGAAUUAUAUCAUUCAGAUAUCAAGAAGCAACACAAAAGUUCUGCAGACACUAGGAAACCUGAAGACCAAACACUUGAAAGUGACAUCACAGACAUGAGUGAUGUGAAAUCAAAAAUGCAGGAGUCCACUGACGGUGCACUGAAAGAAUUGGAUUGUAUGCAUGUAAAAGCCAUGCCCUGUGAGGAAAUUAAGACGACACAAGAAGUAUUGCCUUCAUCUGACUUAACACACAAAGGGACCAAAGAUCCAGACAUAGAUCAGCAGCAGUUCAUUUCUGUAUCUCUAAAGAGAGAUAAAAUUGGUCCUUUAAUUAAAGAAUAUGAUAGUGCGGGUGUUAAAUCAGAUGUCAUUCAUGUUUCGUCCUGUGCUGGCCCACUCAACCCUGAAACCCAGAACCUUGAUAUAGAACUGGACUCGGAGCUUACCAAAUCCAACCAGGACCUACUGGCGCAAAGUAGCUCAGUUUCUGAAACAAAAUGGGAUGCUGUUUCUGUUUUAAGUAAAGAAACCAAAGAAGCUGAGCACUGUGUUGAUGUAGCUCUAGAUGAAGACUAUGCUGUAAUAAGCUCUUUUGAUGAUGUGCCUCCAAGAAGGAUCACCACUAUUGGUUUGGGUACUGAUCUUUCUAUGACAGACAGUCAGUUUGAUGACACAAAGCACACUGAUGAUGUUGAGCCUACAGAUACAUCACUGACAGAGUCUUCAUUAAAUAUAAAAGACCAACCUGAAGAAGCAGAAGGCACUGUACAGAAAGAUACAAUGGAUCACCAUUCAGAGACAGUUAGCAUCUUUCCUGCUGAAACUGCCACAGAUGAUCAUCUUCCUGAAGCUGUCAUUUCAACAUCAGUGGAAUACGUACACACAAAUACAGAAGUUUUAGAGUCAGUGCAAACAGAUUCUUCAUCUUUUGUGAGAGCUGAAUGUACAACACAGAUUCCUGUAACACUCUCAUCAGAUUCAAGACUCAGCAGUUACGGUGAAGCACAAAAGACUGAGGUUUCAGAUAGCAGUUUAAAGAUGGCCACAGACAGUGCCGUGGAUGACAUGGAUCAAAGAAGUGUAAAAAUCAUGCCCGUUGAGCAAAACCAAGGGACAGUAGAUGUAUCACAAUACAUCUCAAUACAAACAGAAACCACAGAUGUAAAGAACCUCCCACCAGAUGAAGACAAAGAUAAACAGCAGUUCAUGUUCACACCUGUUGAGAGGGAUGUAACUCGACCUGUAGCAAAAGAAGACCACAGAGAAUUGAAAGAUGAUGUAGGUGUGAAGUCAGGUGUUGCUGAACAGGUGUCAUGUUUAGUUAACCCAGAAACCACAAAACCUGUUACAGUUAAACUGAAUUCAGAUCUUACCGAACCCAAACAGAUUCCGUUGGCAGAAGGCAUCCCAGGUUCUCCAACAAAAUGUGAUGAUGCUUCAAUUGUUCAUGAUGAAACCACAGACAAUACAGAGUAUAAUUUGAAAGAGUUUGAAGUCGAACACUUAGUUAAUGUAGCUACACAUAAGGAACAUGCUGUAACAAGUUCUUCUGAUGAACUGCCACCAAACAAAAUGGACACUUUGUCAGAUGUUCAGUUUGAUGAGAACAAGCAAACUGAAAGUGUUAAGCCUAAACCAAGUGAUUCUGAUAAUGAACUCGAUGUAAGUCCAAAACCUGAAGAGUCUCAAAGAUUUGUGUCCGAUAUCCCUGAGGUUUUGUAUCCAGAGAUUGAUGAUGCAAAACCUGGAACUGCAACAAAAGAAUACACCAUUAUUUCAGAUAUUCAUCUACCAUCAGAUCAAUAUCAGCCGCUGCAGCCAACACAGCAUGGGGGUCCUGAGGUCUCUGUCCGCACUUGUGAAUUCUCUCAGUCAGAUAUCAAGAGUCCUGAAGACCAUGAAAAAGACCUUUCAGAAAAGGAUGAUGUGCUAUCAAGUGUCUCAGAGAAGGGUAAUAUUGAGGCUCAUGAAGACAUGGAUGAAAAUUCAUUUGUGGAAUCAGUAAGCAAGGACACAACUGACUCAGAAUGCCUUCAAACCACUACAGAUUCAUCCCUGACUGUGUCUGGAGCCGGUGGUCAAUCUAAUACUGAAGUGUUAUUGAGUACAGAAGGCGCAUUUUCAGGUGCUAUAAGCACCAUACAGAGGGAUACCAUGAAUCUCCUACAAACAGAGAUCGAGGAUAAACAUUCAGAGAUAGUAAGCAUGUCUGCCUAUAGUAAUGUCACAGAUGACCAUCCUCCAGAUGAUGUACCAGCAGUGGAAACUGUGGAGUCAGUACAUACGGAGAUGCCAGCAGAUGUAUCACCUUAUGUAGCCUCUGAGAGUACAAUGCAAAUUCCUACAACACUCACAUCAGAGUCAAAAGUCAGUGUCAUAAGCAUGCACACUGAAGAACAGAGGACUGAAGAUUCAGAGAGCAGUUUCCAGAAUGAAGAAGAAAUGCACAAAUCCAAUUCAGAUCAAUCUGGCAGGCAGAAAUUAUCCCGAAAAACAGGAUCGGAAUCAGAUGGUGUGGAUAAGUUGAAGCAUGUAGAGCGCCCUUCAGGGACAAACGUUUGGGCUGCUUUAAGGGACAAUGUCAUUCAUGUUCAGCCACUCAUGGCAACCAGUCCUGUUUCUGAGGAAACUUGGUCGAAUGAGGUUGCCUGCUUUCAGAAGUCAUUACUUACUGAGUCAGAGAUCAGUCUGGCACAGACUGUCCUAUGGGUUUUCAGAUGCCGUUAUCAACCAGGCCAACUCAGUAUUACACAUAUGAAUCACCAGCUGGAGGAAGCUGAGACCUGCAGGCAGUGUGUCCUGGAGCAGGUGGCUAGGCUGCCAAAUUAUGGGGAGCCCUCUACAGACCCCAAGCAGAGCAUGGAGGAGACCCCUGGAGCACUCCUGGAGGCCUCUGCCAUGGUAGAGUUUAAAAAGGCUCAGCUUCAGCAGGUUACACAGUAUUACCAGCAAAACUGUGCUCUCAAAGAUACAUUGCAAUCCCUGGAGGCAGAGUUCAGCACAAUAACACGGGAUUUUAAUGAAAGCAGCACCCUGCAAGCAGAACAGCUGAGUGCAUUUUUGAAGACCAUGCAGACGAAGAGAAGCAUGCUUGAGGAGCUCCUACAGACAUGCUGCCAAAUUUCAGCCCAUCUGGGUGAAGCGGAGGGACCUGUUGCCUGCCUCAAACCUGUUACGAACCUGCAAGAGAGAUGGCAGACUCUGGAAAGAACUGCUUCCAGGAGUCUUUGGCAGGCUGAUAUUUGCACAUCUGAUGUUUCUGAACUGUUACAAGAGGCCAGGGAGCUGCAACAUAAACUAAAACUUUUGGAGAAGUCAAUCUCUCAAUCAGACCCUUCUCAGGGACAGCUGGACUCUGAAAAUGCACUACAACAGGCUCUCAAAUCGGCUGACCUGGAAGAAUCAAGAGAGCAUUAUCUGUGCUUGCUUGAAAUCUCGAAGGCUCUUUCAUCAAGUCCACUAGGAAAGAAAGAACUUGCAGAUGUGGAGGAUGCCAUGCAGGGUCUAAAUUCUCAACUGGCUCAGACUCAAGAAAAGUUCAGCUUGCACACUAUUAACAACAGUGACUGUUCACCUGUAAUAAUGAUUAUAAGGGAUUACAUUACAUGGGCUAAACAAACCAAGAGCAGAAUUAGUAGGAGGAGAAGGUUGUCUCUGUUUCCUGAAGAGGCAAGUCACCAGGUCAACCACAUGAAGAAACUGCAGUCAGAAAUAUCUCAAAAGAGGACUCAGCUGGCUUCUGUUUUGAAAGAACUAAAACGAGAAGUUGUAGGACUCACUGAGGCAGAUUCCAUCACCAUGUCACCUACACUCAAAUCCUUAGAGGAGAUGUACAAUGAGCUUCCAGAGAUGACUAACUGUGUCAUUGAUGAAAUGAACAGAAUGUUGCAUGUAAGAGAAAGGCUUUGGAAACAGAUCACUGACAGCAGCUCUUGGCUAACCUCAGUAUUGGAGAAGGAGUCUGGUAAAUCUAUGGCUUCCGAACUUAAAACCAGUAUUCCAGAAUUGAGGGUCAAGCUUCAGCUAUGCACAGAAGCUCUAAAAGAAGCUGAGAGACAAGCAAAUAACCUUCAAUCUUUGUUAGAUGAAACUAAGAACAUAAAUCAUGGCCUGAGUAUAUCUGAAAGCUUUCAUCUUGUUGACAGGCUUACAACCUUACAUGAAGAAGUUUCUAGAGUUGUGAAUCGUAAAUGGGCAUCACAGUGGAUUCUUGAAGAGCUGCUUCAUGCUCAAGAGUCCUCAGCUAAACUACAGAACACCAUUCAGAAGAGUUUGAGACAGAUCAGUGCUGAUAUCUCAAGGCAAACAUAUCCUGUAACAAGGGAGUCGCUUUUGGCUAUUGAACCUGUUAAGCACAUGCUUAUAGAGCUUCUCUGUAAAGUACAGGAACUUCCAUACUGGCCAGAACAUCGGAGGAAUGAGAUGCUUCACAAAAUAGUAGACUUGCAGGGCAGGUUACAUCAGUUGGACCAGCAAGCCAGAGAGCAGAAUGAGUAUCUCAGUUUAAAGCAGCGUAUGGAGAAUGCCAUUCAGGCGGUGAGGAAGAGCCUGUCAGAGAUCACCGACUCAAAUACAGAAGCUGACGCAAGAUUACGCUUCUAUCAGACUUUUCUGGUGGAACUUCCUCUGGUGAAAUUGACAUGUCAAGAGGCCGCAGACCACCUGGAGGCCAUUUCAAAAAAUCUCUAUCCACCCCAUCUCAAAGCAGAAAGGCAAAAGAUACGCUGGAAUUUUGAACAGAUUGCCUCUUGGGAAUUUACAGCCAGUAAUGAGGCCAAAACCCUAGGAUGCUCUCUCAUGGAAGGUCUCAGCAUCUCCACAGAGCUCUGUGGAGUUACUGACCUUCUGAGCUGUGUCAGACAGGAGCUAAAGGAGACUGUCUUGGAGCCUGAUAAUCAGGCCAUUGAUGCAGAGCUGCGAAAGUACUCGACACUGGUUAGGACAGUGGAAUGUGUGCAACAAAUGUUGGCAAGUUGCGGGAGAGGAACAGAUGCUGAAAGCUACCAGAAAAUCAUCAAUCUUGGCCAGAGAACUCUCAAUGAUUGCCAUAUGCGCAUGGACAAGCUUCUCCAGGCUCGGGAGGCACUGAAGCAAUACCGCUGGGCCAUUCGAAGUGCAGUGGGCUUUUGUCAGCAUAUCGAAUACAAUCUUAUGAUGCCCCCUGUCAACUUCAAAAAUUGCCAAGAGGAACAGCGUCAUAUUCAACAGACUCAUACCAGUUUGGUGAAGGGUUUCCAGGCCUACUUAGCUGACAUUGGUGCUUGCGUACCUCAGCAGACAUAUCUCUCAAUACCUCUUACUGAACAACUUCAUGUCCGGGUUUUGAGUCAUCUUCUAGUGGAAGAAGCCAAACUUAAAGCCCUGGCUCAACUAAGACUCCAGGCCAUUAAAUGGUGCAUGAGAGACCAAAUUGUGCACCAGAGUCACCAUGACGAAAUGAACCAGCUUCUCGAAAACAUGGAUUCUGAAAUCUUGAAAAGCUUAAACAUCAAACUGACUCAUUUAGAUGCCUGCCAGGACCAACACCAGAAAGUAAAGGUGCUUCAGACAGAACUGAAGAACAUUGCUGAAAGGCUGGAGAAGUUCAGUGAAACCUGUUUGGGUCAACGCUGCAAUGUACCCGCUGAUUUAAUGCUGGGACAUCUGUGGAGGUCUUGGGCCGUGCUGCAGUGCAAAGUGGAAUCAUAUAAAGCCAGUGCAUCUCAUAAAGAAGCCGAGUGGAGGGACUUGUUGACACGUUUUAAAAAAUCACAGGAGAGUCUUGACAGAGUACAGAAUGAUUUGCCUGACUCAUCUGUGGUGACUCGAUCCCUGAUGGAGCUUCAGGGUCUACUGAGCCUCACAGAGAACCUUCAGGACAGGACUGAGCAAGAGCACCAAACGCUGGCUUCCCUUCAACACCACAUGGCCCGAUUGCUUGGGGUCUCAAAUUUGCAACAGCUAAAAGUGUCUCCUCAAAUCUGUGUGGACUUGGAGUCUGCGCAGGGUCGCUGCAGAAGUAACAGAGAUCAGAUCGGUAACAUCCGUCAAAAAGUGCUUUUCGAGAUCCAGGAGUUGAGCAAGGUCCAGGAGGAGAUGGGUGCCAUUCACCAAAAUGUUCUUUCACUUUUGACCAUUUUACAAUCAGAGUCAGCUGCUGAACACUUGCAGAGUGUUAAAGUCGACCUGGGCACACAGAAAGGCAGACUGGAGGAUGUCAUGGACAGAGUGCAGAAGAAAUGGAGCUGUGUGCCUUUAGAGAUUCAGACGUUACAGGAAGAGCUCACUCUUUCUCUUAAGGAGGCUAAAGAAAAAUUGGUAAUAGUUAUGGAAACCCGUGGUCCUCUUCACAAAAUGGGUGAGCAGGUGACAGAGGUGACUGUGGGCUUGAAUUGUGUAAAGGCCCUUCUGCAGCAAAAGAGCCCAACUUUUCCAGAGGCUGAGCGCACACAAAAGCGUAUUUGGGAUGAGCUGGAUCAGUGGCACACUCGGAUAGCUGAGCUGGAGGCUGAUGUUCAGGAGCUGGCCGAGGAGCAGCCUGACCGAGCGCAUGUCCUCAUGGACCAGCUCACUGAGCCCUUGCAACUCUAUCAGACCACAGCCAAGCAGGCAGAGCAAAGAACUGCUCUAAUCAGCAAAAUCCCUGCCUGCCUGCAGGAGUUUGAAGGUAUACUCGGUAGCUCCACCUGCUGGUUAAGAGAGGCUCAGUCUUGGCUGGUUGCCCCCAGAUCCUACACCACUGCGAAAUGCCUUCACACCCACGCCAACUCUCUCAAGAUGAUGCUGGGUGAGUCCGAGGGAUACAGAGCAUCUCUAGAGGCUUUCCAGCCGGUCCUGCAGGAGAUCAGUCCUGUGUGUGACACCAGCUCUCAGGAGCAGCUCCUCCACAUGUCAGUUCAGAAAAUCACGGACAUGCAGCAAAGCGUUCAGGAGCCUAUUUCCCACCUUCAACAACUAGCAGCUGAGAUGGAUGCAAUUGAAAUGGAGUUAAAUACGAUGGAGCAGAACCUGACAAAAAUAAGAACUAUCCUUUCCACCGCUGAUGCAGAAGACAUAUCCCCCGAAGAGCAUCUUCAAAACCGAGAGAUCAUCCUGGCUAAUAUCCGAUCCAUGAAGAGGACAAUUGAUGAGAUUGAGAGCUGCAGGCCGGGUCUGGGUCUUCCUGCAGGUGCAGAACAGACUCUCACAGCUUUCCAUUGGGCCCAAGAGCUACGGCAGCCCAUAGAGGACCUCGAGCGUCUCACUGUGGAGCAGAGCACAGUGCUGAGGGCCUCUAUUGGUCAACCAGCUGAAACGAUUCCCUCUUCUGAUCAAACUGGUGUGGAUUUCACUUUGUCACACCUUUACACUGAUGAUAUGCAGGUGUCUAUAGAGAGCCAUAACAAUGAUGAUGAAGAAUGUGUCAGUCCGUCAUCAUCAACAGGAACUCUCAUAUGCAGCUCUCCAGAGGACCCAGAUGACAAACCCACAGAAGAAUAUGAGAAUGAAACAUCUGCUGUAACAAAGUGUGUCACUAAGGAAUCUUCAUCAGAAGAUGUAAACAAAAUGGAUUUGGCUGCUGUCCAGUAUUCAUCUGUGUUACCGGAAUCAAAUCCAGAAUGUUGUUUACCGGAUUCUUUGCUCUCUGAAAUAUCUGUCACAGAUGACGGAUCAAUAACUGACCUUAUCCCAUGUCUUGCUGCACCAGCCCUUCAACACGUUGAUGCUUUUACAAAUCAAAGUUUCCUAGAGCCCGAUAUAACAAAUAAAGAUCCUGUUUCAAGUACAAAGGAAAAUGAGAACCAAGUUACCAAGGUAACUGCAGAAGUACCAGCAAAGCCUGCAAUAGACUCAGUAAACACAGGUUUCAAAACCAGUGAUUUGACCAAAGCGUCUCCAGGUGAAAACAAGGGAUCUAUAACCUUAGAAACAGGUAAUCAAGACAACCUGCAAGUCCCACAAUCAUCUGACAGUGAUACAGUAGAAGUUACCGAUGAUCUACAAACUCAACCUGAAUGCAUCACUGAUCCAGAGACAACACCGCAAGACUUCGCUACACUUUCCACUGCCCCUGCCUUACAAGAUAUCACAUCGCAGAAAGAAACAACACUGGAGAGGCCAUGUGAAAUAAAAGACCAAAGAGAUCUGAUUGAGGUCAUUGCUCAACUUCAGCAGCGCACUUGUGCAUCAACAUUCAGUGAUCUGCCACAGUCUGGGGAAGAUAAAGAGAGUUUGACGCAAAUUCUCCUCAAAUUAAAGGAAAGACCAGAGGCACUGGAAUUAUGCCAGGAUACCAAUUCACUAGAGACUAGUGAUCAUCUGUCAGAGAGUGCUGGAGAAACUCAGACUUCAACCAAACUCACCAAGGACUUUUCAUGCAUAAAGGGUGGCAUAUGGACCUUGGCACAUGAGCGCAGAUUGUCUGUGGGGCAGAAUGGUCAUGAGCUACAGAGAUGUUGUGAAGCUCUUCUGAAAAAUCUAAGGGGUCUCCUGGACCUGGGCUCUGAACGGCUGCAAUGCAGUCAGGAUGCACACCCACAUGACUGCAGCCAGCUGCACCGUCUGCUCAAAGAACACAAGAAAUACUUCAGAGGUUUGGGACAGAACCUUGUCAUGUUUAAGCUGCUGUCCCAGAAGCUGCCAGAAGGGGCACUGCAUGGCCAGGCAGAGGUGGAAAACUUAAUAGCAGAACUUCAGGACAAAGCACAAAAUCUUGGAGUCCAAAUGCAACACAACUUACAGGAGUGGUCUCUGUGUGAUGAGAUCACAGAAAAACUGUGUAAGCGGUUGGAUGAACUCGAGUCAUGCGUGUCCAAGGCAGAUUCAGAGCUGGAGGGCGACCUGCAGGUUCAGCUGCAGUCAUAUGAGGAAUUGCACAAAGCCCUGGAAGACAUCAAGCCUGAGGUGGUAGAGAUCCAGGACCAACUCAAGGGCUGCUACUGUGAGCGACCCGGUCAGACCACUAAAAGUUCACUGUUGUUAACACGCUGGCAGGAGCUCCGUAUUCAAGUAGAGCGAAAGAUCCAAACCACAAAAACAAUCAGAAAGAAUUUUGAAAGCUUUCAACAUGACUCAACUGAACUAGAGGCAUGGAUGAGCACUACUCAUGAACAGGUUCAGAGGUGGAAUAGCUUCUCUGAUUCGGAUCUUCAGGACUCCAGACUCAGCCUUACCCAGCUCACGGACUUCCUAAGAGAGCUGAACGUCAGGUCUCCACAGAAAUAUUCUGCAGUCUGCGCCGGCAUGCGCGUACUGCAGCUGACAGACAGCAAGUCUUCACCACUACGCAAACAACUAACUCAGCUUGAGCAGGGCUGGAUGAGCCUAACUGACAUGGUGCCCAGCAUUCACCAGAAACAACAACAGCUGUUGGCGAGCCAGUCAUCGAGUCAGAUCUUGGCUGAGUUGACCUGUUGGCUCGAGCAUGUUGAAAGUCGACUUGAUCAAGAGAAGUCUGGGGUCCAUCUUGCAUUGGAUUCCAAUGGGCUAUCGAGACAUCUACAGUCUUUGAAGGAUGUCAAGAGCGAGUUAACCUCCCGCCAAUCCUGUCUCGACUUUCUAAACCAGUCUGUUGAAGGGUUGGGCUCUGCAAAUGAACCAAACAAUCGCAAUGACCAAAUCAUCUUUGCUGAGCAACUAGGAGCUCUUAAUCUGAGAUGGCUUAUUGUACGUAGCACAGUAGACAGCAUGAUACACGAUACAGAGGACAAAUGGCAGGUCUGCACAAACAGAGAAAGGCGAUUUCUUCUUUUGCGCAACUGGAUCUCUCAACGUUCAGAAUGGGUGAAAAACAGCAAGAGACCGGACAGCCGCUCACAGAUUGAUCAGGCAUUACUUGAGUGUGAGGAUAUAAAGGAAACCCUGACCGUCAGUUCUUCAGAGCUACAAGGUCUGGAAGCUCUCCAUGUGUUUGAACAGCAGGAUGGCCAACACCCUGGAGAUAAAGCUUUCUCCAUGCAGGUGAAUUCAGCCAUCCAGGACUCCAAAGCUUUAAGCGAACAGAUAAAUGCUCUCAGGGCCGACCUGCAGCCAGUCAGGGAUGAGUGGGCGCACUUUGAAUCCGAAAUGAGUUCAGUAGGACGGCAGACAGACAGUGCGGUCUACACGCUGGAGCUCUGCAAGGUUCCUCUCUAUUCAUCCGGGCAGAGUAGAGUUCACGUUGAAUGUUUGCAAGAGUUUCAAAGGGAACUGGAGAGAUCAGAGACUUGGACCCACUUAAAUGAAUUGUUAUCUAACUUCAGAAACACACUUAGCCCCGGUGCGGCCACACUGAUGUUAAAUCGACUGGAGAAGGAGAAGAGCCGGCGUCUAGCAGUAAUUGAGGACCUGCAUGCUGACUUACUGAAUGCCCAGGAUGCACUGCAGCUCUGGCUGGAAUAUGAACGUCUCAUGGGAGAAAGCCACAGUCUUCUAAAUCAGCACUGGGAGAAACUUAACAAACUUUUGUGCUCUCCUACCGGAGGAGAAAACCCUAUAGAGCUCCUCAACAGCAGGAUGCAAAGCAUCAAUGAUAUGGAGAAAAACGUGAUGGCUUUGAGAAAUAAUGUGGACAAAGUGCUGGAGGCUACAGAGCUUCUUAUUGGGCAGGUAAAGCCCCAAUCAGCCCCACUAAUCCAAUCAGAAACCAGACUGUUGUCAAAGGACCAGGUCCAUCUUGCCAAAACGCUUGCUGAAAUUGGAGCCCAAUUUAAGGAGGAGCUGGAGGAACACCACAGUUUCAUCACAGAGUUGAAUUCAUUGGAGCAACAACUGGACAGCUUUGAAUGCAUUACAAAGUCAUCGGCUGACAGCAUGGACAGCCUAAAGAUGGUUCUGUUAGAUCUGGGUGGACUUAAGUCUGACCUUGAUGUUUUGAAUCAGAAGAGCCUCAAUCUCACACUUGAUUCUACAGAGGAUGAGAAGCUACAGACCAUCAACACACAAUGUGUUCAGACCUUCUCUCAGGCUACAGACAUGCACAGGAAGCUGUAUGGAGAACAUCUGUGUGCUCAGAACUUCCAACAGAUGUGCAAAAGCUGGAUGGAGAUCAUGGAUAAAAUCGAGUCUGGUUUGUCCAAUCAAGUGUCUGGAAACGGUUCUGUCAUAAGAGAACAGCUAGCUGUGCAUCAAAGGUUGAAAGUGGAGAUGCAGAUGACCCAGCAGCUAUGGGAUGCUAUGAUCACUGAAGCUUUACGACUACUGGAAACUGGUCAGAUUGAAGACAGGAGUCAUCUGAUCCCAACUCUUAUCGGAAUAAAGGAGCACUGGCAGGGAACACGGCAAAGGGUCCAGCGUCUGGAAAAGCAGAUGAAAGAGUGGCAGAUCUAUGAUUUGGGUUUGAAGAAACUUUCAAAGUUCCUCAAGCGCAUUGAAGAACUACUGCCCCCUGCAGGACUGGUGCCUUGCACCGUACAGCAGCUCCAAAGCACUAUAAAGGACUUUGAGUGGGCUGAGGAGCAACUGCAUCUUCAUGAAAAUCUGUAUAACCAGACUUCAGAGACAUGCAGGCAGAUUUAUCCACUAGCAGAUGCGCAGACACAAGCACGCAUACAGGCCGAACUUGAUGCCCUCAAAGAAAUGUGGGAGAGAAGCUGUGUCCUUGUGAAGGAAAGGAAGACUCUUGCAAAUGCCGUAACUCAUACUUGGAAUCAAUGUGAAGCUGGACUGGCUAACAGAGCUCUCAAACUAGAGGAGAUUCAAGAAAAAUUGAAAAAUGCACUGCCAGAGAAGAUAGAAGAAGUAAAGAAGCUCGAGCAGAUUUUACAGGAGGCUGAGGACACGCUGGAGAUUUGGGCUGAAGGAUUGACAGAUCUGACCAACAUGAAGGCGGACGUUUCGCAGUACGUGCUGCCAACGGAUACAGCCUUGCUUCAGGGACAGGUGGAGGAACUUCACAGUCAAUGGGAAGAACUGUGCCUAAAGGUGUCCCUUCGCAAACAGGAAAUAGCUGAUCGACUAAAUGCCUGGAACAUUUUCAAUGACAAAAACAAGGAGCUCUGUGAUUGGCUCACACAGAUGGAGAAGAAGGUGGCACACAGGGGCGAAAAUCUCAGAAUUGAAGAAAUGGUACAGAAGCUUAAAAAGGACUGCGUGGAGGAGAUUAACCUCUUCAGUGAGAACAAGAGCCACCUCAAGCAGCUAGGAGAGCAACUCCUAUUGGCCAGUGACAAAGCUAAAGAGGCGGAGAUCCAUGGGGCCUUGCGUGAUGUCAACGACCGCUGGCAGCACCUGUUCGACCAAAUUAAGGCCAGGGUGAAAAAGCUGACGGAGACCCUUGUGACAGUGCAGCAAUUGGAUAAGAACAUGAACAACCUUCGUUCUUGGCUCACCCGUGUUGAGGCUGAUCUGGCCAAACCUAUUCACUACAAUGUCUGCCACAGAGACGAGAUCCAGAAGAGACUGACGGAACAGCAGGACCUGCAGCGUGACAUCGAGCAUCAUGCGGAGCGGGUAGCAUCCGUGCUCACACUAUGUGAUAUGCUUCUGCAUGAUGAAGAUGCCUGUAGCGGCGAUGAAGAGAAUGACUCCAUCCGGCAGACCACACAAAGCCUGGACCAGCGCUGGAGAAACAUCUGCUCCAUGUCCCUUGAGAGGAAGCUAAGGAUUGAGGAAACAGGGAGAUUGUGGUGUACGUUUCAGGAAGAUUACUCUUCUUUCGAAGCCUGGCUGAAUGUGGCUGAGAAAACUGCUGCCGAACCUAACUCGUCUGAUGUGCCGUACGCCGUGGCCAAAGAGGAGCUCAAGAAAUAUGAGGGUUUCCAAAAGCAUGUACAGGAUAAUCUGACACAGCUGGAAAUGAUUAAUAACCAGUACAGACGUCUGGCCAGAGAAAACUGCGCUGAUGCCGCCGGUAGACUCAGAGCUAUGGUGGAUCAGGGUAAUGAACGCUGGGACGCAUUGCAGAAGAGAGCGGCUGCCAUACUGCGCAGACUCAGACAUUUCAUAAGCCAGAGAGAUGAGUUUGAAGGAACCCGUGACAGCCUCCUGGUCUGGCUUACUGAGAUAGACCUUCAGAUGAAAAAUGUGGAGCACUUCUCUGAGCGUGACCUCCAUGAGACCAUGAAACGACUAAAGAGUUUCAAGAAGGAGAUCAGUCUGAACACCAACAGGAUUGAUGCACUAAUAGUGUUUGGAGAGGGUCUGAUUCAGAGAAGCUGUUAUCAAGAUGCUGUUGUCAUUGAAAAUGAGUUGGAGGAACUCCACACAUACUGUCAGGAUGUGUUUGGCAGAGUUGCCCGAUUCCACCAGCAUCUCACCAGCCUCCGUCCGCAGGUAUUGCAAGAGCAACCAGAGAUCGUGGACGUCGAGAGGUCCGUAGACACACAGAGUACCAGCCGUGAGACACUAUCCUCCAGCCAGCCCUCCGUGUCCUUGUUGUCCCCACCUCAGGAGUGCUCUGGUCGUGAAACCCCCAUCAGCGUGGAGUCGAUUCCUCUGGAGUGGGACCACACCGGAGACGUGGGUGGCUCUUCUUCACAUGAUGAGGAUGAAGAUGCUGCCUUCUUCUCUGCACUUUCAGGACAAAAUUGGCCCAAAAUAGAGACCUCCUCAUCUUCAGACACCAGCACACCAUAUAAACAAGGCUAUGUCCAGCUGAUGUCAGAGUGCAGCGGCAGUAUUAAGAGUGUACAGAGAGUUUCUAUGAUCCUGGAUAAUGAGGAACAGCAAGAAGAACAAGGCCUUACUGGCAUAACUACUGCAGAUAAACAGUCAGGAGUGAUCGAGCGCUGGGAAUUACUGCAGGCACGGGCAGUGAGCAAAGAGCAGUGUAGCAGCAGAGACCCUCAUCAGCUGACCUCUGACCUACAUGACAUCACUUCCUGGUUGGAGCGUGUCAGACCUGAGCUGGAGAGACUUCAGAGGCCUGAGACUUCAGCCACGGUGGAGAUGUUAGAAACACGGGUUAAAGAGCUUAAAGAAAUGCAAAAGGCAUUUGCCCGCUAUAAGGCCAUGAUGCUGUCUCUGAAUCUGGGUGGUCGAGAACUCCAACAGGAGUCGAGUGGAGAUACGCAGGAGCUUCAGGAGGGUCUGCGCAACAUGAACUGCCACUGGGCAGAGGCUUGUGCCAGCCUUGAAGGAUGGGAGGGCAGUUUACGUAAUACCCUCAUACGCUGUCAGGAGUAUCAUGAAAUGGUACAGUCUCUGCUGUUAUGGCUGGCCCACGCAGACAGCAGACGAUACACAGUUAACAUGGAUGACCCGUCUGUGCAGCUGUCCGUGCUUCAAGAACACAGGAACGCUUUGAAGGUUCUGGCAUCGGAGCUGGAGGGCAAACAAAAGCAAGUGAGCACCCUCCAGACGAUCGCAUCUGAACUGCUCCCACAUACAGGGGAAGAGGAAAACACUGAAGCCAGAGAAAAACUUCACGUCAUUGGAAGCAAAAUGCGUCUACUGUCACGUCAAGUCAAUCAGGAUCUCCAGCAUAUUGAGGAGAGAUUGGAGUCUGCAACUGCAACAACAGACACCAAAUCCUCGGGGCGCUCAAGGUCAGCUAAGCGUGAAGCGUCACCCCAGCGUUCAUUCUUUUAUCGGGUCUUGCGAGCCGCUUUCCCCCUGCAUAUCCUCUUUCUCCUGGUGCUGGUUUUGGCCUGCCUGGUCCCUCUUCCUGAAGACGACUCCAGCUGCACCCUUUCCAACAAUUUCGCCCGCUCGUUCCAUCCCAUGUUACACUACACCAACGGCCCUCCACCGACAUGAGCCAUUGACUCCAUACUGAUUCAGUGCGUUGAGGCAUACCUCACUUUUUUCCAAGCAAUAUUUUAAAUGCUUCUAUUUAUAUAAUUGAUUUUAUAAUAUUUAUUCCCCAAUCAGCCAUACUACUGAGUAUUUUUGCUGUUUUUCUUUAAAAGUUUAAAGAGUUGGAUGUGAUUCAAACUCUAUUUGUCCAUUUGCCUAUGUCAGACACACUGAAAGAUGAUAAUUAUUGUAAAAGUUUUUAAAAAGUCAGAUAUUUUGUUUUGUUUUUUUCUUCUCAGUUGGUUUUCAAGAUUUUAAAGGUUAUAGGCAUGUGCAACUGGAAAUUG